AUGAUGUCUGCAAACGACACAACACCGGGCAGCCAAGUGCUCCUGGAUAAGUGGCAUGGUCAGCUGGUUCCCUGGUCCUACGAGGGCGGCUUCAUUGCUCUGAGCUUUGUCGUAAGUCUCAUUGGCGCCGCGACGACCUUGGAGCUCAUCCAGCGCCGCACAGCCCAGAAUGGGAAGCUCAACAAUGUGCUCCUCGUCGGCGCGGCAAUAUCGAUGGGUGGCGUGGCCAUCUGGUCAAUGCACUAUAUCGGCAACCGUUCAAUCAUUAUAGCCGACGGGGAGAGUCAGCUUCAGAUCUCCUACUCGAGCAGCUUCACGGUGCUGUCGUUGUUCGUUCCCAUCUUUGUCUUGCUGGCAGCAUUCGUCGCAACUGGAACAAAAGACCGCGUUUCAUGGUGGCGAAUCGGCGUCGGUGGUACGCUGGCUGGGUUGGCCAUCUGUGGUAUGCAUUAUCUGGGAAACGCCAGCAUCUCCAACUACUCGUGCGAGUAUGAUCUCGGAAAUGUCAUUGCAGCAGCUAUUAUCGCUGUCGUUGCCAGCAGUGUCGCCUUGGCUAUCUUCUUUGUCUUUCGGGCCACGUGGACGAGUGCCUGGUGGAAACGCACCAUUUCCGAGAUCAUCUUGGCCGGUGCCGUGUCGGGCAUGCAUUGGUGCGCAUCGGGCGGUACUCACUACCGCCUGAUAGCAUUGAGAGACAGCACCAAUGGUGAGCUGGACCGUAACACUACUGUCAUAAUAGUCAUCUGCCUUGCGGUGGGUGCCAGCAUCUUGAUGGGAGCAAUGGCGAUAUACCUAGCAUACAUCAUGAAGAGGUAUGCAAGUCGCGCUCAGAAGGUUCAGCUCGCGGCGGCUAUCUUUGACGACCAAGGCCGAGUAUUGGUAAAUCGUGACGGUCUUUUGCCCUGCGAGAAGAUCACGGAUUCAUUUUUCGAAAAGACCCCACGUGAUGGGCUCAGCAACGCACACCCGUUAUUUCACUGGAUGUACCAAGUAUCGAGGAACUGGCCUUGCGUCGCCCCUUUGAUGGAAGGAAUGUCGACUCACCUUGCUCAGCUCUCCCGAGAUGGUACAGCCAAGGGAGGAAUCCAACUGGUGACUGGCCAGCACGAACCCGUUCAAGAUUACGACAAUAUCGUUCGCGAACUGUUUUGUGUCACGGCUGCAACUUUAGCCGCCCGACUCAAGAUCAACCUGGAGGAUCUCGGUGUGCUUUGGGAUGAGAUACUAAACACUGGGGGCGCGCCAUUGGGUCCUCCAAAGAACGACAGCCUUGGCCUUCGCGACGACGCUACAAGAAAUCCAGCUGAUGUAGGUCUUGCCGAGAAAGGUUUCAGGUUCCGGGUCGAAGUCGGUCACGAUGCACCUCGGGGUUCAUUACUGUUCUUGGUCCGGAAAAUACAGUCCAACAGCGAUAUGGAAGCUUUAGAGGCCGCUGGGUUUAGAUUUGCGGAGCUGCACCAAGUCAGCAACAACAUCAGUACCAAGAUGCAAAUCAGGACACGAGAGCUCGAGGUUAAGCUGCGGAAUAUGGCCCUGCAAACAGAACAAGACAGGAUGCUUGAGCCUGGGGUGCAUCUUGGACUUUUUGGGAUCCGUUCACAGUCGGGAGUGGUCGAGUUCGACGUCAUGGCUAGGAAGGGAGCAACCAAUCUUCUCCCAUCUGUGGCAAUGGAAGGAGUUGAGGGCUUAGAAGAGUCGGAGAAGGUGUUUCUGGCACAGCUGGACCGCAUGAGCAUCAACGCCAUGCUGCACGUCCUCAGGAAUGGCGGUAUCCCAUCAGCCAAGGACACAUCGGCCUUUGCAGAGAAAUUGGCCGACGCACUCCGGACGCUGCGAGGCUGGGUCGACGACCCCGUGCUGGCCGAGGCCAUGGUCACGUCAAAAGUCGUUGAGGUUCCCUCCAGUCCACUACCAGGAACCAACAUAGCAAGGACGGCCACCAUGAUCGCCCUUCGUAUCGUCAUACCUACCUCUCACAAGCUCUCUGACCACAGCAGAUGCGAACUAGUUCCUCUGGGUCUCUUCAGGGUGCAGCAGAUAUCAUACAAGGGCUCGCCUCAUCAGGCGGCCUUUGCCCAGAGUGUGCGCCGCCAGAUCGCGCCUCUGAUUGACCACCUGAUUGCUCAAGAGAACAACAGACUGAAGCAAUCAAGUCGCAACAAGUACACCAAGCUAGAGUCACCCAGGAAAGAUGAUCAAUCCGAGAUGGCUAUCGAGAUAACACCUCCAGGCAAUAGUCGGCCAGCGACACCGAACAAGCCGGAAAAGAAGCUUACCAUGUGGACGCACUGGCGGAAAGUAGAACCGGUAUCCCGAGAUGUCGAGCGUGGUGACAGCGUCCCGAAUUUAGGCUCAGCUGGAAUCCCGGAGAGGGUUUCUUCGGUAUCUUCUUCCGGGAUGGCGUCGAAGCGUUCGAAUUCAUCAUUGAGCUUAUGGCGCGGUGCCGGCGACCGAUCGAACAGUAUCGGAGACAUCAGGGCGACAUCAUCGCACGGCUCAGUCGGGGAGACGAACGGGGCAAUUACUGGGGUUACAGCUCUUAGCCUGCCCACAUGUGGGAAAUGCGGGCGGCACGGGGGUGCCCCGGUGUCACUCCAAGAUGAUGAUAAUGAUGAUCAUCGGGUGGCCAGGAGAAGCUGUUGCUCCGUAGCGGCAGCACGAGCGGCGGCGGCAACAGCAUCCGCAUCAGUUCCACCCAGUAAUAACAAUGGCAAUGGCGGCGGCAGCAGCAGCAAAUCGCACGGAGACGUGGUGGAGAUGACGCCUCUCGCUUCUCCACGGAGUGGGCACACAAGAGGCGACAGUGGAGGAGCGAGGAGUUUGGCCAGUAAUGGUAGUGUGGACGACGGGUCAAAUGGGUCGAUUGUUGAGGCUGCCAGGGAUAUAAGCACUUUUGUUGACGAACUAUUCACGAUGCGGAAGUAUUGA